CAUCUCCUCACAGAGACGAGGUGAAGCUCCUCAGCUCCUGCCAGAGGACAGAGAGGAGGUGCAGCUCCUCACAGAGAGCAGGUGCAGCCCCUCAGCGACUCAUAGAGAGGAGGUGCAGCUCCUCAGCUCCUGACAGAGGAUAGGGAGGAGGUGCAGCCCCUCAGCCCCUCACAGAGAGCAGGUGCAGCCCCUCAGCUCCUGACAGAGGAAAGAGAGGAGGUGCAGCCCCUCAGCUCCUCACAGAGAGGAGGUGCAGCCCCUCAGCUCCACCUGACCUGCGCAGACCGCACUAACUCUCCGCGCACUCACGCGUCCAUGUGUUUAGACUUGUCCGGUAACUUUGCCCAAACUCUUUGGGCUGCGUAGACACUUUCUCUGCGCCGGUUGCGCUGGAACAAAGUUCGGAAACCGGUUGGGAUGGCUUCGCAGAGGAAGUCGGACACGGAUCACCGCGGUGCGGGUGUUUGCCAGCGGGGAUGCGGGCUCCCUCUGCCCGCCGAGGACGCCCUCAAAGCGGAGCACUGCUGCGUGGAGGCGCUCCGCACGGUCACCGAUGCGCUGGAGGAGAGGAGCGCCGCUGUGGAGCACGGAGCCCGGAUGUCGAGGCUCAGGUGGAACAGGAGGGAGCAGCUCCUGCUGGCCCAGGUGUGCAGGCUCCAGAACCAGGCUCAGCUCGCUGCUCUCCAGUACCAGCGCAGACUGCACCAGUACAUGGUGCACAUCAACAGCAUCGCGCAGCAGAUGGUUGGACACUGCAAGAGUGAUGUGGAGACAGCUGCUGACACGCAGGGCCACCGAUCAGAGGAAUCCACACGUGCAGAGCCACAGGAGCAGGUCGAGGAGCCUGAGGUGAAUGGAAAGGAGCUGUCCAAGUCCAAUCAUGAGGAGACCUUGGAGGCCUUCUGUGGUGCCAAGGAGCCCGUCGUGGUGCAGGUCAUCAGGCGGACCCCCAGCGGCCGACCCCACGGCCCCCUUCAGGAAAUCCAUGUGGUGGACGUGUGCACUCAGACCGACAUCACCUUUGAACACAUCAUGGCGCUGGCAAAGCUGCGGCCUUCGACCCCUCCUGUGCCUGACGUCUGUCCCUUCCUGCUCUCUGACAGCUGUCACUCUCUCCAUACAAUGGAUCAGGAAUUCUAUGAAGGGACAGACUACCUCUCCCCUAUUCCUGCUGAUGGAGAGAGGACAGAGGAGUUUGAAUACGAGGAAGUGGAAUUGUAUCGACUCAACAGCCAAGAGAAGCUGGGGUUGACUCUGUGCUACAGGACGGACGAAGAGGAAGAUGUCGCUAUCUAUGUCAGUGAGAUCUGUCCAAACAGCAUCGCUGCCAGAGACGGACGCAUCCGAGAGGGGGAUCGCAUUUUGCAGAUUAAUGGCCAGGAUGUACAAGACCGAGAAGAAGCAAUGGCUGCACUCUCCAAUGACGAGUGUCGGAACAUCGUGCUGCUGGUUGCCAGACCUGAGAUGCAGCUGGAGGAGGCCUGGCUGGAUGAUGAGCACAGCGAGUUCCUGGAGCAGCUGAAGAUGGAAAUGCUGGAGGAGCAGCAGAGAGAGGAGGUGGAAUUAGCUGCCUUACAGGAGGAGCAGGAGAAUGAACAGAGAGUAGAAGAUGAUAAGCCCACCUGUUCAACACUUCCUCAUCACAAGAGCAGCGUACUGAGUAUAAAGGACAGAAUGGAAAGCUCGGAGCAUAAUGUCCUGGCUCAGAUCCAGAGACGUCUGUCCCAGUGCCUGAGAGACAACCGGGACACACACUGUACCAUCGGCUCCACGCGGCUAGAGGACAAAGACGACGAGGACGAUGGUGAGAUGGAGGGUGAUCGAUUCCAACAGCUGUUGGAGCUUAAGUGUCAGAUCCGUAACAGCGGUGAGUACGACCUGUUCUACAGCCGCCGCAGCACCAUCGAGUGCAGCGUGGGGGAGCAGGGCGGCGUACAGCACGAGCUGCGUUUGCUCAACGAGGAGCUGCGCAGCAUCGAACUUGAAUGUCAGAACAUCAUGCAGGCCCACAAGCUUCGUAAGGGACAGCUGUCUCCCUCAACGGGCCAAUCUGCACCCUCCAUCAAAAACCAAAGCCUCCACCACGGCGAGCCCACAAAGGGUAAGCUGACAGACAUUCAUGAGAGGCUGGAGAAAUCGGACAAGGACAGCUCCAGUGCCUAUAACACAGCGGAGAGCUCACGCAGUACCCCUCUGGCGAUGGACCGCUCCCCAGAGCAUUCGCUCCAGAGGAUGGUUAGUCUCACCAACCAGAGGAACCUCUGCAGCAGCCUUGCCUCUGCCCACUCUCUUAGCUCCAGCCCCAUCCCCGUGUGCCGUGCUCCUGUCCAAGGCAUAAGCAGCAGCCCCGACCACAGCAAUCCAUCUGAGUCGGAGCAUACUCCUCAGGCUGAGGAGGAGGGCAAAGGGACACUAAAGACAAAUGCUUGCCAGAUUCCUUACUUCUCUCCAUCCCACAGUUCCCAGCAGAGGCAGACCAACAUCCCAGCUCAUGCCCGCCAUUACCAGAGCUACAUGCAGCUGAUCCAGCAGCGCUCAGCUGUGGAAUAUGCUCAGAGCCAGCUCAGCCUGCUCAGUGUGUGCAAAGAGCCUCAGCGGCCCAUUAAUGAGCCCAAGAUGGAGUGGAAGGUCAAGAUCCGCAGUGAUGGAACCCGCUACAUCACUAAGAGGCCGGUGAGAGACAAGAUCCUGAGGGAGCGAGCCCUGAAGAUUAAAGAGGAGCGUAGCGGCGGGAUGACUACAGAUGACGAUGCAAUGAGUGAAAUGAAGAUGGGAAGGUACUGGAGUAAAGAGGAAAGGAAGCAGCACCUGGUCAGGGCAAAAGAACAGAGAGAAAGACGGGAGUUCAUGCAGCGUAGUCGACUGGAAAGCUUGAAGGAAAAUCCUCAGAGCAGCAGCGAGGGUCGCAAGGAAGUCAGCAUCAUAGAGCUCAGCCACAAGAAGAUGAUGAAGAAACGCAACAAGAAGAUCCUUGACAACUGGAUGACCAUCCAGGAGCUGAUGACUCAUGGCACUAAGGCCCCUGAGGGAGCCAAGGUGCACAAUGCCUUCCUAUCAGUCACUACUGUAUAAAAAAACACACAUUCUACCCCAUGCGGUAUAAUAUACUUGCCUCGUUCAAUGUGGCGUUUUUAUGGAGGACAAUAGGAAUAUUUUUCACACUUUGUAACCCAAAAAAGCAUUUUGUAAAGAAUUUAUCAGUGGUGUCAUGGCAUUUUCUUCAUGUUUUUUCCACUAUUGUUUUUCACAUCACUCUGCGUGAAGAAAAAAAAACAUUUUUCUAUGAAAUUAUGACUAUAUAAUUAUUUUAUUACUUCACACUACACAUUUAUCUUUUCAAACUUUUCAAUUCUAUUUUCAUAUUUAUGUUGUAACCAUAUACCUGAUAGUUGUGUGAGCAUCUUCUUUUGUGUGUUACGUUCACAUGCCAAUUGCAAAACGCAGGGAAUCUGUGGGUACGAUCUACCUUUCCUUUAAAGCUGAAAUCACUAAGUCAAGAGGGAGUUGUAAUUACAUUUCAAGUGCAUAGAAGCAGCUCAGAGGUCCAACCUGUCAAGACAGUCAACCACACAGAUAUAACAAAAUAUAAAAGCUUAAAUGGUUUCAGUUACACUGAGUUUAACUAUGACAAGGUUUGUUUAAUCUGUAAACACCUACUGAAUUUGCAAGACAUUUUAAUUUUGAAUACAGUUUCAUUGGUCAAGAAUUAAAGCCAACACACUAAUAUAAUACAAUUAUGAAAUGUUUAUGUAUUUGAACAACUACGUUUUACCCCAUUGUUACUGUUAUUAAAUACAAAAUAAUGUAAUAACAAAUGCAUUCCAGUCCCACCAUCAAUCUUCAGAGCAUCUCCUCUGUAACACUGGACUCACACGUAUGCAUUGUGUUAAUGCUUGGCAGAGGGAAUGCCAUUCGCUUGGUGCUGCCGCCAUUGUCAUGACGACAAAAAUCACAGUUUCAUACUUGGGACACACAACCUAGCCAUUUUUCGUGCCAUGCAGUCAAUGCAAUGCUGAAGGAAAUAAAUUCCACAACCAGAUGAAGACACACCAGGUUCACCAGCUGCCUCUGCCUCCUCUUUCACAUUAACGUGAGUUGAUUGGCUGAUGCCUCACAAGCAACACAACGCGAUGCAGUUUGGCAGCGCAUGACGUCAAACUUAUUCAAAGUGAAUGAGUUGUCCAACGCAUACGUGCUACCCCAGGGUUACUCUGCAGGGAUAUGAGAGGGGAAAAUCCCCUUAAAACGUACAAAGUGUUUCACCUCACACUGCCAUAUCUAGAGGUUGUAGCUUGCUGAACACAAGGUUUUGGUCAACAGAAAACUUUUGUAUUAUGAGCAUCAAGAAUUUUAUAAAAGCAUCUUUAAAAAGUUGGAUACCCUACAGGAAACUUUUAAUGUGUUCAACUUCUGUAUCUUUAGCCACUUCCAACAAAGAUACAAACAAGGAGACAAAACUUAGGAAGCUGCAAGACUGAGGUCAAUUCAAAUUUUUACUUUUGUCAUUGUCAGUUUAUUUUGACUCAAAUAUCCAAAUUGUUCAUAUGUCCUGACUCAUCGCCAGCACUUCAUAUUUGUUUGUCUGGUUUGCAGCUUUGGGUAAAAAAAACAUUUUGUAUUCACUUUUAUUCUGGUUUGAGUUUUUCUACAUAUUCAAAAACUGAUGGACCUGCUCAUAUCUUUUACAUGCCAGUAUUUUUACAUAAUAUUGACUCCAUAGCCUUAACAGCAGAAACCGAAUGAUACGCUGGUGUGGCAACCUGAUUUCAUACUCAAACAAUAAACCUUCUCUUUAUAUCAUUGUGCGACAGAGAGAUAUUACUCAGCCUUAUUCAUACAUUGUAUAAUUUGAGUUUUUCGUAACUGAAAUAUUUUGUAGUGGUUUCUGAACUGUGUUUGCUGUCACGGACUGGUGUUGGGAUGAUUGCCACUGAGCAGGACUCAGAACACAGCUAUUGGAUAAUGGAAAAAGUAAAAUGGUGAAAUUGAUGUGUUACCAUUUAUCAGCAGACAUUAUAGUUCAGUUACAUGUACAGUAUACUAUUUCCAAAUGCCUCAUUUUUCACUGAAAUAUUGUAAAUUUGAAUUUAAACCAACCCCUGUAUUUGUUUUGAGUAAAUGUCCGAUGGUCUCAUUACAAGUAAUGCGUAGUUGGCACAUUUGUAGCCAGGUAAAAUGUGUGAUAAUGGUGAACUUUGCAAAAGAAAUGAUAAUAAAUUAUUGGUUUUUGGUAUAACAUG